UCCGGUCUCGCCCAUUCUGCGCGCUCCCGGACGAUCAUGCGCGCUCGCCGGUCACCAUGGUGGGGGGGAAACACACAACAGUCUGUCACUUUUUAACAAGCUGAAUUACGCAUGAAUCCCUGCGCUGUUUGACGCUUUCACGGAAUCGGACGGAAACUUGUCCUGGUGGAUUUCUUUCCCCUUGUAACGCGUCGUGAGAACCGGAGAUCAGCGGGGAGGGAAACGCACUUCAUGCAGGCUUUGUGCAACAGAAAACAGACGCACCAGGACAUUUUCACGCAUUAAACCACACGGCAAAGACAGGUAGAGGUGUGCCGCUGCAGGGGCUUUGUUUAUUUAUUCCUGUUUUAAAAACAUCAGUUGUUUGGAUCGGAUCGGAUCGGAUCGGAUCGGGCCGGGAGAGAGAGAGAGAGAGAGAGAGAGAGCGAAGCCCCGGGGGCGCAGCAGGCCGUGUCCCGGGGAACGAGCCUCCACACACGGGCCGGGCUGAGACGCGCACACCGACACGAUCACACGGAAUCUUCACGCGCUUUCACAUCGGACACAAUGGCGUCUUAUGUGGACAACAGCUUUAGGCAGGCGGUGAUGCUGAACCCGGCCGAGAGGACGCAACAGGAUUUGGAGAUUGUGUAUUCAUAUCUACACGGUAUGGAGGCUCUGUCCAAUCUACGAGAACAUCAGCUAAGGAUGAUGUGUGAAACGGUCCGUUAUGAAAGGCAUGAAGCAAAUGAAGUGCUUUACUAUCCGGAUGACAUCGGCAGCUGCUGGUACAUUCUUCUCUCUGGAUCUGUGUUCAUCAAAGAGUCCAUGUUCCUUCCUAGAUCCAGUUUCGGGAAGCGUUCUGCUGGAAGUUUACGUCGCGGGUGUGAGUGCAUCGUUUUGGAGCCGUCCGAAAUGAUCGUGGUGGACUAUAUGGAUGAGAAUGAGGAGUAUUUUCAGCGCCAGGCUUCACAUCGCCAGUCUCGGAGGAGAUUCCGCAAAAUCAACCAGAAGGGUGAAAGGCAGACCAUCAUCGACACGGUGGAGCCGUACCAAGCUGGCAAGCCGCCCAUAAGCCGCGGGUACCACACGGAAUGCGUUAAAGCUCAGCUCCCAGCAGACUUCAGCAGGCUACACCUGGCUGACGGGAUCCACCCCCAGGUGACCCACGUCUCCUCCAGCCUCUCAGGAUGUAGCAUCACCAGUGACUCCGGGAGCAGCAGCCUGUCCGACAUCUACCAGGCCACGGAGAGCGAGCCAGGCGACAUGGACCUGAGUGGCCUGCCCGAGACCGCCGUCGACUCCGAAGAGGAUGACGAUGAGGAAGACAUCGAACGUGCCUCCGAUCCGCUCAUGAGCCGAGACAUCGUCCGUGACUGCCUGGAGAAAGACCCCAUGGACCGCACGGAUGAUGACAUCGAGCAACUGCUGGAGUUCAUGCACCAGCUUCCAGCCUUUGCUAACAUGACCAUGUCGGUGAGGAGGGAGCUGUGUGCUGUCAUGGUGUUCGCCGUCGUCGAGCGAGCUGGAACCAUCGUCCUUAACGACGGCGAGGAGCUGGAUUCGUGGUCUGUGAUUCUGAACGGCUCGGUGGAGGUGACCUACCCCGAGGGUCGCACCGAGAUUCUCUGCAUGGGCAACAGCUUCGGCGUCUCACCCACUAUGGAAAAAGAGUUCAUGAAGGGAGUGAUGAAGACCAAGGUGGACGACUGCCAGUUUGUGUGUAUAGCACAGCAAGACUACUGCUGCAUCUUGAACCAGGUGGAGAAGAACAUGCAGAAGGUGGAGGAGGAAGGAGAAAUCGUCAUGGUUAAAGAACACCGUGAGCUCGAUCGCACCGGCACCAGAAAAGGACACAUCGUCAUCAAGGGAACAACAGAGCGUCUGACCAUGCACCUGGUGGAGGAGCACUCGGUGGUGGAUCCCACCUACAUUGAGGACUUCCUGCUUACCUACCGCACCUUCCUGUCCAGCCCCAUGGUGGUGGGCAGGAAACUGCUUGAGUGGUUCCAUGACCCCAGCCUCAGGGACAAGGUUACACGGGUGGUCCUGCUGUGGGUAAACAAUCACUUCAAUGACUUUGAAGGCGACCCUGAAAUGACGCACUUUCUCGAAGAGUUUGAGAACAAUCUAGAGAGGGAGAAAAUGUUUGGACACUUAAGACUGUUAAACAUAGCUUGUGCGGCCAAAGCCAAGCUGCGGGUGGUGACUCUGACUAAGCCGUCACGGGAGGCUCCUCUGGCCUUCAGCCUGCUCGGUGGCUCAGAGAAAGGCUUCCGCAUCUUUAUUGAGAAUGUGGAGCCGGGCAGCAAAGCUGCAGAAGCGGGCCUCAAACGUGGAGAUCAGAUUCUGGAAGUAAAUGGGCAGAACUUUGAGAACGUCCAGCUGUCCAAAGCAAAUGAGAUCCUGCGCAACAAUACACAUCUGUCUAUUACUGUGAAAACAAAUCUCUUAGUGUUUAAGGAGCUUUUGGCUCGACCUGAGCAUGACCAAGAACCUGAUCAUGAGGAAGAGCUGGACAGGAAAAAUGGGGCUCCACACAUUCCUAAGAUUGGGGAUAUUAAGAAAGCAAGCCGUUACUCUAUCCCAGACCUGGCUGUAGAUGUGGAGCAGGUGAUGGGUCUGGAGAAAGCAAGCAAGAAAGCCAAGGCCAACACAGUGGGUGGGAGGAACAAGCUCAAGAAGAUCUUCGACAAGACGUUGACCAGUAUUCUACCGCCCAAGCCAUACAAUGAUGUGGGCGUAGGCCAGUCCCAGGACGACAGCAUCGUCGGAAUGAAGCAGUCGAAACAGAUACCUCCUGCUCUUCCAGUCAGUGGAAACUUAUCAUCCAGUAACCCUGACUUGCUGCAGUCUCAUCAUCGUAUACUCGACUUCAACAACCAGCCAGAGCCGGUCCCUAACAACAUGUCGGACCAGGUGCUGCGUGUCUUCAAGGCUGAUCAGCAGAGCCGUUACAUCAUGAUCAGCAAGGACACUACGGCCAAGGAGGUCGUGGCUCAGGCCAUCAGGGAGUUUGCUCUGACCGCCGCCCCUGAAGCGUAUUCACUGUGCGAAGUGUCCGUCACACCCGAGUGUGUCAUCAAGCAGCGGCGGCUUCCUGAACAGCUCUCCAAACUGGCCGACAGGAUCCAGCUCAGUGGCAGGUACUACCUUAAAAGCAACAUGGAGACGGAGACGUUGUGCUCAGAUGAGGACGCCCAAGAGCUUUUGAGGGAGAGUCAGAUCAGCCUGCUGCAGUUAAGCACGGUGGAAGUGGCCACGCAGCUCUCCAUGCGUGCCUUCGAGCUCUUCUGUGCCAUCGAGCCCACCGAGUACAUCGAUGACCUCUUCAAGCUGCGGUCACGCUCCUCCGGACCUUCCAGUCUCAAGCUUUUUGAAGAGUCCAUAAACCGCGAGACCUUCUGGGUGGCCACUGAGGUGCUCAGAGAACCCAACCAGCUGAAGCGUAUGAAGAUCAUCAAGCAUUUUAUCAAGAUCGCUCUGCAUUGCCGCGAGUGCAAAAACUUCAACUCCAUGUUUGCCAUCAUCAGUGGUCUUAAUCUGGCCCCCGUAUCCAGACUGCGAGGAACUUGGGAGAAACUUCCUAGCAAGUACGAGAAGCUGUUUAGUGAUCUGCAGGACCUGUUUGACCCGUCCAGAAACAUGGCCAAAUACCGAAAUGUUCUCAACAGCCAGAACCUGCAGCCCCCAAUCAUCCCACUCUUCCCAGUUAUCAAAAAAGAUCUCACCUUUCUCCACGAGGGCAACGAUUCAAAAGUGGAUGGACUGGUGAAUUUUGAGAAGCUACGUAUGAUCGCUAAAGAGAUCAGACACGUGGGUCGGAUGGCAGCCGUCAACAUGGACCCUGCCCUCAUGUUCCGCACCAGGAAGAAGAAGUGGAGGAGUUUGGGGUCACUGAGCCAGGGCAGCGCCAACGCAGCCGUUCUGGAUGUGACCCAGACGGGCGGGCAUAAAAAGCGUGUCAGGCGGAGUUCCUUCCUCAACGCCAAGAAGCUGUACGAGGACGCACAAAUGGCACGCAAGGUCAAGCAGUACCUGUCCAACCUCACACUGGAGACCAACGAGGAGAGCCUGCAGACUCUGUCUGUACAGUGCGAACCCUCCAUAAGUACACUGCCGAAGAGCUCAGGGGACAGGAAGAGGCCAGACACCUCCCCUGUGGUAGCAAGAGCCGCUCUGCACCCACGCCAGCAGCUUCAGAAAUCCAACCAGGCUUUGCAGGUGCCCACCGUCGCCCUCUACCCGUCCCGCAAGAAGGUUCCUGUCAAAGAUCUGCCACCGUUUGGCACAAAUUCUCCGCAGUCUUUGAAGAAGAUUCUGUCUCUGUCAGAGGAGGCUGCUGAGAGACACAGGAAGCAGACGGAAGACGCCGUGUCCAGCACUUCGUCUCCUCCUACGUCUCCUCGCAGCUCCCCAAAGAAAGGAUUAGGAAGAGCGAGUGAUAACCUGUCAGACUCGGGCCACAGUGAGAUCUCGUCCCGAUCCAGCCUGGUCAGCACUUCUUCACUGGACAUGGGCCAGGACGAGCGUCGUCUUCGAUACGGGCACGGGGUCAGCGACGGGCACACUGCUGGUCAUGGAGGUCACCGACUAGAACGUAGGGCCACAGCUGAUCCGGACCAGUACAGUCUCGGCUCGUACUCAUCGGUGCAGGACUGGCGCGGCAUGUACGCCAGCACGGCCAUGCCGUCCUCCCCGAGUUCAGAGGAGUUAAGUCAGGAGCAGGGCGAUCGCGUCUCCUUGGAUGCUGCAGACUCAGGACGAGGCAGCUGGACGUCCUGCUCUAGCGGCUCACACGACAGCAUCCAGGCCAUGCAGCAGGGCAGGAGCUGGGAAGCUCUGGCUGAGGGGGCGGGUCUGUGGGCCGGACGGGGCAGCUGGGCGUCAACUUCGUCAUGCUCGUCCUCAUCGGCAGCGUGCUGGGGAGAUGAGUCCGAGGGGGACACAGGGACUAUCAAGCGGAGGGGGGGUAAAGACGUGGGCACCGAUCCUGACACCUGCAGCAUCACUUCCACAGGAUCAGAGGAGUCUAAACAGCAGAGUCGCCGGCCGUCUCCCAUCACCGCCGGCACAACCAAGAGCAGCAUGAUACGUAAAGAUGGACGAUACCGUGAUCCACCUCCUACUCCUCCUGGCUACACGGCUCUGUCUAUCUCCGAGGUGACGGAGGGGACGACGCACUCAACCAGGAAGCCUCCGGACUACACCACAGCGCUCCAGCGCUCCCGCCUCAUUACGCACUCGCCUAAACCGGGGACGGAGCGUGAGGGAGAGGAUGAGGAAGAGGAGGUAGAGGUAGAGGAGGAGGGUGAGUGCUUAUCUCCCAAACUCAGAGAUCAGAGGAGGAGAGGUCCACACACAGCAGUGCCCCCCAGGCCAUGAGUCACACACACCACCAUGGCAGGCAGAGGAUGAGCAGGUGUCCGCUGUGUGAACGGACGACACUUUCCUUACUGUCCGGCUCUCGCUGCGGUGACUGAAAGCCUGUUAGGCUCGUCAAAGGCAGACAGACAGCCAGAGCAACCAAUCAUCACCUCGAUGCCACUGCCUGUCUUUCUCCUGAUUGGUGGAUUCAUCUCCCUUCUCUGCCUUAACGCGUCAUGAGGGGUUUUGUCACCCUGCAUGCUAAAAUACUGUGAAGAAAGGAAGAGAGUGUUCGAAACAAAAAUUACCUGGCACUUUGGAUAAAUCUAAUUAUUUCACUUAAAGUAGUUAAAAAAAAAAAAAAAAAAAAAAAGAGAAGAAGAAAGAACUUGAACCUGAAUUCAGAUUGAACACAGCGGUGCGACAUUCACACGAAGACGAGACUGCCGUUGCCGGUCUCUGGUGUUAGAUUGAUUUCACCCGUUCCUCUCACACACACACACACACACACACACACACACACACACACACACUCACAAAUAAUUUUUCCUCAUCUGCACUUUUUAAGUAUGUUUUCUAAGAACAAAAUGCACAUGAUCUUCUCAGACUUUAUCAUCUCUUCUGAAAUGCACACAUGGUGAAAAUGAGUACGUUUAGGGGAGAAAAAAAACGUUCGUACGCUCAAACGGCUACACUUUUGGUGGGAAUCUGCGAUCAUCUGUACAAUAUGUGACACUGUUGCAGUAUUAAUUGAGCUUUCGAGGUCGGUAGAUGCUGGAAACCUGGAGAUACACACAGCAAGGAGGACACGAAGCACGCUGGUGUGACUUUGUUUUGAUGCAUCCGAAGCCUUUCAGUACCUGCACUACGCAGCACCCUGCUCCGAUCCCUAGGGUGCGACGUAAAUGAAGAGAUCUCAGACUUGAGGAUUUUGUGGUUUUGACGUUCUUUAAUGGAGAGGAAAAGGUAGACCCAAACUGAGGGCUAAACUCACCAGGAACCAUGAUAUGUGGUCAUGCCAGAGAACUUGGAUCUCAGAAACAUAAUCAGUGGAAGCUAAUCCACAGGCCAGGCUUUUGAGAUGUUAAUGAAAUUUAUAGGUUUUUUUUUUAAUUCCCAUCAUUAUUCCAGAUUAACCAACCAUCGUUGUCACUUGUAGAGCUGUCUCCAAGCUCCGCUGGUGCUCGACUCCAACUAGAUCCCUGUAGUUCUUUACAAUAUUUUAAUGAUGUGAGGUUAUGAAACCUCUGCAGUACCUAAUACCAGGAUUCCAAAGGCAACAUUUAAAAACAUCUUGGUUCGGAGUUUUAUUCCUGCCCCAUUGGACCCGUUUUGUGUUAAAGGAGGGUUCAGUGUUAAUACUGAGCUCCAUUGGUGUUUGGCUGUUUGUAAAUUUACAUGGAUACAUCAGUAGCUUUGUGCAGGAACCCAAAGACAUUUAUUUUAUUUUAUUUAUUUAAUGUUUUUGUUCCUUUACCCAGGGGUGGGUCGGGGGGGUAUCUUUUGCAAGAUGUUUGUCCCAUUGCAUGCACAAGGCAAGAGCUUUGUUUCAGUCCUGUGUAAAUGAAGUAAGUAGAAUCGACUUGAUUGAGUUCCCCCUGACUUGACUUGACUCCCAGCCAUUUCUGUCCCAUUUCUAUAAUUCUGUACAGUUUUUUUUAGGUCAUGGCAUUGCUCGGUGUAGCCGAAGUAAUCCAGAGGCGAAGUUUCCUUCUUAAAUGACAGUUUUUGUUCCUGCCUUAUUCCACUCUCCUGAGGAGAAAGCGAGAACUUUGUUUCAGGUUCUCUGUAAAUAGAGGAACCAUUUGACUCCAGUCUUCACUGGCACUUGACUCAAAAUGAUCCCAGUUUAGAGUUUUAGUUCUUGCCCCAUUCCACCUUGUUAAGAAAGCCAGACCAUAUGUUGACAACAAUCUCUUCUGCUUGACCUAGUCGCAAGAAAUAUUUAAGCGGUUGUGAAGUUACAUGUUAUUAGGUUUUAAUAAUCUAGGAACUAGUUUUUUUUUUUUUUUUUUGCCUUGUUCCAUCUCACCCAUUUGGAGGUAAAUCAAGACCUUUGUGUCACUACUGGUGCAUGACCCAUCUAGCUCAGUCCUAUCCCAAUAAUUCUUUAAAAAAUACGGGGGGUUGUGAGGACAUGAGAUUGUUAUAUCCCAUAAUAAUCCUGGCCUUUUUUCCCCUCUGCACUAUAGCACCCAUUUGGAUGGAAGGCAAGAACUUUUUCUCCACUGGUUCUUGACACCAUCCUGCUCAUUCCUACGUAUUUAUUGAAAUCUUUGAAGCAAGUUAAAAGGUUACUCUGGUACCUGGUUAUUGUAACCUUGGGGCAAGUAUUUUAGAACAAAAGCCUGACCAUCAGUUAAAUCCAGUGCUUCGUUUGCAUUUUGUAGUGAAGAACGUUGACAAUUGACUGUAUUCCCAUUGCACUGCAAAGUAUCUUCACGUUUCAUAUUUUUCGGAGGUUUAUUGGAAUUUUAUCCUCAUUUAGAAUGUGCCCUUGGAAUUGUCGUUUUUUUCCCCCCCCCGACAUCAGUGAAACGCUGUGAGUUGCCUAACAGAGUGGACUAUAGGCAAGAAAAGAAAAAAAAACAAACUCUGGAAUUGAUCCGAUUUUUUUUUUUUUAAGAAGGAAAUCUGU